UUUAAAUAUAAAAUAUUAUAAGUAGGUACAGCCGUACAGGUACCUAUUUACAAUUUCCCAUUUCCUAUUAAUCAAUAUAUUUUACAAUUGAUUAUCGAGGUAUCGAGUUUAUGUGAAGCUUUAAUUAUUAUUUGAAAAUUGCAAUAAGUUUUAAUAACUUAUAUCGUUAUAGUGUUGAUUGUUGACAUUAGACAUGAAACAUUUAAAAUUCAUUUCGAGGACUGUGUUGGUGCGGAAUGAAAAUGUGGACGAAGCCUGUCGUGUUCUGAACCGAAUUAUGGGUUCUGAAGGUUUCUUGGAUCAGUACAGAAGAACAAUGUUUUAUGAAAAACCAACUCAAAUGAGAAGGAGAAUUAAUUACGAGAAAUGUAAGGCCAUAUACGAUGAAGAUAUGAAACGCAAGAUUAAUUUUGUUCUACGCAAAAACCGACCAGAGCCUUUUCCUGGUUGUUAUUAGUUAAGUUUWGUAUAAAUUAUUUUUUCACAUGUCUUAACAUUGUUAGAACCUUAUUAAAUACUUUUAUAAUCAUAAUAUCUUGUAAAUUUGGAAUUAAAUAAAGGUAGAUAUUUUUAUUGA